UUAGAGGAUGGUUUUCGAGGGCGCAUCAUUGCUCAUGCACUCAGCCUAACUUUACACUUUUCUCUUGCAAAUAAAUCUAUAUUAAACCGCCUUGAGGAGGACCCUGGCUGGCUGCAAGCACGGAAGAGGAGACGCGCAAGUUUGCUGGAGAAAGUUUGGAGCGCAGACGCCGCUGGAGACGCGCACCGGUGCGCACUUCCUCCACACCCGCACCGAGGCGAGGAUAUGAACAUGAAUGACACGGACGUAUUCUGCAAAGACAACCAAACUUACAACUUUAGCGAGAAGCUAUGCCAGCCCUCCACUUCUCCACCUUACAGCCCCAUCGACAUCACCACCUUCAUGCACAUCUUCCCCUCCAUUUACGGGAUCCUGUGCACGGUUGGAGUCAUCGCCAAUGGACUGGUUAUCUACGCGGUGGCCGCCUGCAAGAAGAAAAUGGUCUCAGACAUCUACGUGCUCAACUUGGCCUUCGCAGACAUGCUGUUCUUGCUUGUGAUGCCUUUUAACAUCCACCAGCUGGUCAGAGACAGACAGUGGGUUUUCGGCAACUUUAUGUGCAAGGCGGUGGUGGUGGUGGAUGUGAGCAACCAGUUCACCACGGUGGGAAUCGUCACCGUGCUGUGCAUUGACCGGUACAUAGCUAUUGUGCAUCCCAGCUCAGAGAGGAGGACGGUCCAGAUGACCAUCAUCAUCAACAUGCUGGUCUGGCUGGGCAGCUUCCUCCUCACCGUACCGGUCAUGAUGUACGCCAUGGUUGUUCGCAAGCAGCAUUUGGAAAUAUGCAUGAUGUACCUGGACGGACCCGAGGACAUGUACUGGUACACCCUCUACCAGUCUAUCCUCGGCUUCAUCAUCCCCCUCAUCAUCAUCAGCACCUUCUACUCCCUCACCCUCUAUCAUGUCUUCAGCUCCAUCCGCCGGGUCAAACGGAAGCAGUCCGUGUGGGCUAAAAGAGCCACCAAGAUGGUCCUGAUGGUCAUCGCCCUGUUCCUCAUCUGCUGGUCGCCCUACCACGUCAUCCAGGUGAUCAACCUGAGCAACAACACGCCGACUAUCGCGUUCGUCUACAUCUACAACAUCAGCAUUUGCCUCAGCUACUCCCACAGCUGCAUCAACCCGCUCAUGCUGCUCAUCUUCGCCCAGAAUUACCGCGAGCGCAUCUGCCGACGGACCGUGCUGCACAGCUCCCAGCACUCGUCCAAGUUCACUGUGGUCAAAACCGACGGCUCCAGCACGACAAAUGACCCCAACGGCCGCAUCACAGCCAUCUAAUCCCAGAGACAACUAUUCGUUUUGUACAUACAGAGCACAUGUUAAUGUUUGGUUGGCUACCUCAAAGUCAGGUGGCUCAAAUGAGUGGCAUUGCCCGUGAAGUCACAGUAUGUUCUCCAGCUUUGUUAUGUAAGUGAGCCGCAAACCAAUACUACACACAAUUUAAGAAAGUAAUAAGAUCCAGCUGGUGUGGGUCUAUGCUACAUGCCGGCAGGGAUCUGACAUAACAGAGAUCAAUAUGUUCAGUGCAUGAUGGAGUUAAUUUAUCUGCAUAGCUGUAUCAGUCAUUUGAUGGGAUGUUUUUUUCCAGUACACAUUCUGGCGUCUUCUGUCUGAACAGAUAUCAUCUCCAGCAAGACUAUUAUCAGUAAUCUCAUAAAGAAUCCUUUAUAUGGGCUUUUGAUUUGUAACCAGUGGCCUGAAGAGUGGUGGCUUUACUGAGGCAAAAUGGAUAAGUUAGGAACAGUUUUAUUUGGCAAAAUGGCAGCUGUAAAUGUUUUAAACGCACUUUUCAGGCUUUUCCAGCUUUGGAAUCAGUGGAUAAGUAUGUAGUUAUAAAAAGUAAUCAGAGUUAUAGUUGUCAAGUCAUGUUUUGAAAAACUGUGUAUAAAUCCUGAGUAAAUUACACAAUAACAUUUGUAUCACCUGUCAAAUAGCACUUUUAAACCUUUGGGAAUGUCUGUACACACUUGGAAACAAAUCUAACAAAUAACAAUCAUCAUCAUCAUCAGAGGAGGAGGAGGAGGAGGAAAAGGAUUUCCCUUGUCCUCUGACAGCUCAGUCAAAGUAAUGUAUCUGUGGAGACUGCAGACUACUUGAACGUCGUUCAGUUACUGUCUGAUGGAACUUGACUGCUAUAAAUGUGUUUAAAGACAAAUAUUUUUUAUUUAUCUGGAGUGUCUGGCCCUCACCUCGGUUUGUUUUUUGGCGCUGGACACUUACUGUACGGGACAUUGCAGCCUGAAACACUCAGGGACAGUGUUACAGCCAUCGCCUCUUCAGGAUAUAGAUGAGCAACGAUCGCUCAGACUGUUGGGUUUUUAUUCCUGCGAUCACCAUCUCCAUGGACUUGUUACUACAGGAUAUUCAUGUGCUCAUUUUCCCUCUAUUUAUCCCAGUCUUUAAACUUGAUGGGCUGUGGUGUCUACAAAUUGAGCAUCAAGUCUCAAGAGGCAUGAAAACGCACGUAAACGAACACACACACACACACACACACACACUCAUAUAUAUAUAUAUAUGGAUAUCUAGACAUGGAUAUCGUGUAUGGGCGCAGUGAUUUGUUGUCUCAAUUUGUGGUGUAGAUGUAUUUGAUAUCUUCCUCUGAUUUUUGCUCUGAUGUAUAUUUUUGUGAUGAAGAACCUUUUUUGUUGUCCUCAAACGAGUCAGAAGACAAACAGUGAUAGCUGCAGUGGCAGCAGAGACUGCGUAGAACGUGAAAUCAUUUCAGUGUCAUGUUACGUGCAUAAUAAAAAUGU